GUUUAGAGUUUAAAUACACGAAUAUAAAUUUUUUCGGGCAAUAAAAAUAUACAUAUAUACAAUGGCUGCAAACAAAUUGUGCUGCACACUGGCUAUUGGAGCUCUGCUGUGUCUCGGCUUCGCUGCUCUGAUACAAGCACAGGAUAAGCCCGUUACUGAUGUGUGCCUGGGCUGCAUCUGCGAGGCCAUCAGCGGCUGCAAUCAGACCCGUUAUUGUGGCGGCGGCGUCUGUGGACUGUUUCGCAUCACCUGGGCCUACUGGGCAGAUGGCGGCAAACUGACCUUGAAUAACGAGAGUCCCCAGUCUGAGGAUGCCUAUGCAAACUGCGUGAACGAUCCAUACUGUGCAGCCAAUACCAUUCAGAACUAUAUGUCAAAGUUUGGACAAGAUUGCAACGGAGACGGAGGCGUUGAUUGCUACGAUUAUGCGGCUAUCCACAAGCUGGGCGGCUAUGGCUGCAAGGGGGAACUGAGCUAUCAAUACCAGAGCGCGCUGGACAAGUGCUUGACUACCUUCUCGCCUCUCGAUGUGCGCACAUCGGGCUGAGCUCUAUGUCUA